AUGGCUGACUCCUCGUUGAUUCCGACCAAGCACCUUAACUUGUCGACCAACUUUUCCGCCGACCCCAAGCGCCGAAGCAGCUCGAGAUAUUUUCCCUACUUGUUCAAGUUUCACGUUCCCCAGCCAACUUGUGUCUUCUGUGGCUCGAUCGAAACGUACCACCACUUUCUGUUCAUUUGCCGGUACGGCCAAUCCGUGUGGCAGUACUUCAAGAAAAUACAGCAAAUUUUGGAGUGUCCAUUCCCGCGCAACGAACUCGAACUGUUUUUCGAGCUCCCCAAGCCGCCGGAUGGCUAUUACGUCCGUGGGUAUCUGAAGAUCUGGCCCAUCGUCCGAGCGUGCGUUUACUACCAAAUUUGGCUACAGCGCGCCGAUCUCAUGUUUCGUCCCGACCUGCCAUUGAAGACUCCAUUGGAAACGGCAAUUCAUGCCGCCAGCCUCAAUUACCUUAACUUGAUGAUUCUUAUCCGGGAUUUACCUCCCCAGAAGGGCUACACGAAAGUCUUCAACGUCCUGCGAGUGCUAUCCGACAUCCGUGGUUGA